ACCCAUCAAAAUCAAAAACAAAUAAGGACCAAAUUUUGUCAUUUUCUCUUGAUUUUGAAAACUCCAUUUCUCCUUCUUCUUCACCUUCCCAAAUUUCUCCAUUGUUUCCAUUCCUUAUUAUCACCAAAAUCACCUUCCCAUUUUUCCCCUUUCCACUAAAAUCAACUUCAAAAAAAUCAUAGUUUAUUAAACACACUUACAUAUAUACAAUUUUUUUUUUAUUUUUUCCUCCAUUAAUCCCUAAAAAAAUUCACAACUUAUAUACAUUGAAGAACGAAAAACUAAGGGUUUAUUUGAUCUCUUUUUUCGGCGUAAUGUGCUGCGAAUCGGCAAGUAAUUGAGUUUCUACUUUGUUGAAAAUCGAUGACAACUACCAAACGUGCUUAUAAGCUACAGGAAUUUGUAGCACAUUCUUUAAGCGUGAACUGCUUAAAGAUUGGGAGAAAGUCAUCCAGGGUUCUUGUAACCGGGGGAGAAGAUCACAAGGUUAACCUCUGGUCCAUUGGCAAGCCCGAUGCUAUAUUGAGCUUGUCAGGUCAUUCAAGCGGAAUAGAUUCAGUUAGCUUUGAUUCUUUAGAAGUUCUGGCAGCUGCAGGUGCAGCAAAUGGUACUAUCAAGCUUUGGGAUUUAGAGGAGGCCAAGAUUGUUCGGACUCUUACUGGACAUAGAUCCAAUUGUAUAUCAUUGGACUUCCAUCCCUUUGGUGAGUUCUUUGCAUCUGGGUCUCUGGACACAAAUCUAAAGAUAUGGGAUAUUAGACGCAAAGGGUGUAUUCACACAUACAAAGGUCACACUCGAGGUGUUAGUACCAUCAGGUUCACGCCAGAUGGCCGCUGGGUUGUAUCUGGUGGAGAAGACAGUAGUGUAAAGAUAUGGGAUUUGACUGCAGGAAAGCUUUUACACGAUUUCAAAUGUCAUGAAGGAAAAAUUCAGUGCAUAGACUUUCAUCCUCAUGAGUUCUUACUGGCAACAGGUUCUGCUGACAAGACAGUAAAAUUUUGGGACCUUGAAUCUUUUGAACUCAUAGGUUCUGCUGGACCUGAGACAACAGGAGUGCGUUGCAUGGCCUUUAAUACUGAUGGAAGAACCCUUCUUUGUGGUUUACAUGAGACUUUGAAGGUUUUCUCGUGGGAACCAAUUAGGUAUCAUGAUACAGUAGAUGUUGGAUGGUCUACAUUGUCUGAUCUUAGUAUUCAUGAAGGAAAACUUCUUGGAUGUUCUUAUAAUCAAAGUUGUGUUGGAGUGUGGGUUGUCGAUAUUUCGUGUCUUGAACCAUACACAGUGGAUAGUACUACACGAGUAACUGGUCACUCAGCAGUGAAAUCCAAUUUAAGAGUGAAUCUAUCCACUCCGGCUGAGGAUGCUACAGAUGCAAGUUGUGGAAGACAAUUAAUUUCACAAAACUCUGAUCUUGUGAAAGAGUCCAAGUCUUUCAGAAGACUUUCUUUGUCACACAACAUGGUUCUUCAGAGGGAUUCUGCUAGUCUUACUACUAUCACAGAUGCUCCUGUCACCGCACAAAAAGUAAAUCUUAGUACUGGUCCAAAGGCACCUCCAAUCAGCUCACGAGCAGUUCCUAAUACAACUGGCGUAAAGAGGAAUUCAGCAAAAAUUCAGUCAACAGAAAAUGCUUCUAUUGUCAAUAAGUCAGAGAUAAUACCUGUUCUUGUCCCUAGAAAUAAUGAAAGAAUGGAGCUGGCAUCCGAAUGCAGGGCAGGAGGAGUUGCAGGAAGGGAAAUGCCACAAAGAUUGCAGCCGAAAGUAUCUGAUUGGAAGUCUACUUCUCCCGAUGGAGACCUUGGGAGGCCAACUGCUGCAGUGCAGUCUGAAGUUGAAGUACCUAAGGCUACUGAAAGUAGUAGUCCUGCAGAGAGGAACAUCUUUCCUUCUGUUAAAUGCUCAAUAUUUGGAACUGCGACAACUGAUAGAAAUGUGAAUGAUAACAAGAAUUUACUUUCCACAAAACUUGAUAUAAAUACAGCGCCUGGGUCACUUUCCAGACACCAAAUUGAAAAUUAUGAAGCCCGUGGAAAUAUUCUUAAUAGGAAACCUUAUUCCAUGCAAGGUCAACAAAGAGGUAGGAUGCGAUCUACUGUUGCAAACUGGGAAAAGAGAGAUAAAAUUCCUAGUUAUGAGGGUCUUGCUCCCUGCAUUGUUGGGGCCGUACCUGCUCCUGAUGUGGUUCCCGCCGAUAUGAAUUUAAUUCAUCGUAAUUCAAAAAUUGUACAUGAAAAGAGAGAAGGCCCCUUAUCAGCAGUAAGUGAGGCAGUAUCUGCUGACGAUGAGGAUAUCAUUGCUGACUUGAUGGAACAGCACAACGAAUUUGUUGGCUCGAUGCAAUCUCGUUUGGCUAAAUUACAGGUUGUCUAUCAGUAUUGGCGUAGACUUGAUAUUAAAGGGGCACUCAGUGCCAUGGAGAAGAUGGCAGAUCAUGCCGUGCUUUCUGAUUUAGUGAGCUUCUUGGCAGAGAAAAAUGACAUUAUCACAUUAGAAAUUUGCACAUGCCUUCUACCACUUCUCACUGGGCUGCUUGAGAGCAAGUUGGAUAGACAUCAAGAUAUUUCAUUGAAUAUGUUACUCAAGCUUGUUAAAGUAUUCGGUUCACUGAUUUAUACUUCGUUAUCUACUCCAACAUCAGUUGGUGUUGAUCUGGAGGCAGAGAAAAGGAUGGAGCGCUACAAUCUCUGCUUUAUUGAGCUUGAAAAAGUCAAGAGUUGCUUGCCUGCUCUUUCGAGAAGAGGAGGAUCAAUUGCCAAAUCUGCUCUAGAGCUGAAUCUAGCCUUUCAAGAAGUUUCAUGAGUUAAAUGUUAUUGCAUGAAUAUCGAAAAGUAACGAUGAUGUUGCUGAACUUGAGCAACUUCUGUAGAUCGUAGAUGCCCGCACUGCAUGCUUUUGUGCCUUGCAGAGCUAGCAUCCUCAAUUAGGUGCAACACUGACUACUAAUAUUGUUUUAUUUACACUCACCAUCGAUAGUUAAAGGACAACUGGUCGGUCAGUGAGGAGUCAUAUAGUCGAUCCCUUGGGACGUUGUAUUGAAAGUUAAGGACCACAUGCUCUAAAUUGCUACUGGUCUCAAUGUUGCUGCUAAUGAACCUACUUAUUGGAGAAGCAUCCAUCAUACUUAUUCUCACCUAACCCCAAUACAUAUUGUUCUUUGUAAUUGUAGGCUUUGUUGUGUGAAAUGAUGUAUCAAUUGUGGUAAUUAGAAUAUUAUGCAAGGGUGUUUAAACUAUAAACUCAAAUAGUUUGAAAUUGAGGCAGUACUGAUUGGUGUCUUAAUUUGAUUGGAUACAGUUCAAAGUAAAAAACUUUUGAAUUUUGUGAUCUUAAACUAAAGAUGUGUAAUAGACAAAUUCUUUGAAUUUAUGGUAUUACGUGGAAUAUUGUGAUUAAAAA